AUGCGAUACUUCCUCCUUGCUGCUGCUGUAGCAGCUUUUGCUCGAGUGGCCGUCACUCAGACGAUUGAUCCCAACUCCGUGCCCAUAUCAACGAGGCAGGCGUGGUGCAACUCGCAGAUAGCCCAAUGUCCCCUUAUCUGUCUGCAAGAAGCUGGCAAUUCCGCGGGCACUUAUGCAAACACCUGCGAUGCCGCUUCCCUCACCUACUCCUGUAUCUGUUCCAACGGAUUGUCUCCCAACUCCUCCGAGUACUCUCAAACCCUGCCGUAUUACAUCUGCACGCAAUAUAAUACGAAUUGCCAGCUGGGCUGUGGUAAUGACAACACUUGUGCGGCUGCGUGCGUGCAGGACCACCCAUGUGGUGCUCUUAAUCCCACAAGAGUCAACACAAGCACCAUCACAACGAUGCCAGCAACCUCUACGACAGACGGGGCGGCGGCCUCGACAGCCUCAGAUGGGAGCGUUGUUUACACUGGCUUUGGUGGUGGCGCGGCCGCUACCACAAGCGAUGCGUCAGGCAACAACGGGUCUUCUGGGAGCUCUGCUGCCUCGAGGCUGAUCAUCAACGUUGGUGAGAUGUAUGGACUGGCAGUUGUUGCUGCAGGAAUUUUCUUCGGCUUCAGCGUAAUGCUCUAG